AAUACACUGAGAAAACACUUAAAACGGGACAGCGGCGCAGCUACUGCCUACUUGUGUGCUAGUACAGAGCUACCUCAUAAAGCUUCCUGCGGCUGCUCCUGUUUGCGCGGAGGCGGGAGGUAGUAGAAGACGCCGGUAGAAGACCUGAAGACGACUUCGCAGUUCGCGCACGGCUGCUUGAGCCUAGCAGUAUUCAGGUAGGAGGUAGACGUCAGCUCACUAGCUCAGUCGUCAUCAGCGGUACUAGUAAUAGCCUGCCUCUCCAUCUCUUCUCCUUUGCAAUCCAAGCUAGGAAGAGAAGGGAAACGUUCUCCUCAGGGGCUAGAAUCGUGACGACAUGGAUGGUAAUGCGAGACCGGCGGCGAAUCAGAGGAAGCCCAUCGUCACGGACGACGACCUCGUGGAGCUCCUGUGGCACAACGGGGGCGUCGUCGCGCAGCCCCAGGCGCACCAGCGGCCGGCGCCCUCCGAACGCCUGGACAGCAGCGGUCUCACCGACGAGGAGACCGCCGCGUGGUUCCCGGACACCCUCGACGACUCGCUGGAGAAGGACCUGUACACGCAGCUCUGGUACAGCACCAUCGCCGACGCCGCCCCGCAUCACGGGGGCACGCUCCCGGGCCCUAGCUCGCAGCCGCCGCCGCCGCCACCGGAGCUGGCGCACCCGGCAAGGCCGCCGGUGGGGAGCAGCGGCGUCGAGUCGAGCUGGGCCGGCGACAUCUGCUCGACCUUCUGCGGCAGCAACCAGGUGCCCAUGACGCCGGCAGGGAUCAACAGGGGAAAGGACGCGGCAUUGCAGUCGGAGGUGCCGCGCGGUGCCGGCGCGCACGACGGCGCCGGCGCCGGCACAUCGUCAUCCGGCGGGUCCGGAAGCAACUAUGGAGGAUCCGGGCUGCCGAGUGACAGCGGCCGUGUCCAGAAAAAGAUGGGGAGGUGUAGAGACGACUCGGAUAGUCAGAGUGAGGAUGCCGAGUGUGAGGCAACUGAGGAAACCAAAUCAUCAAGGCGAUGCGGGACGAAGCGCAGGACUCGCGCAGCUGAAGUUCAUAAUCUCUCAGAGAGGAGAAGAAGAGACCGGAUCAAUGAAAAGAUGCGCGCGUUGCAAGAGCUGAUACCACACUGCAACAAGACUGACAAAGCGUCGAUAUUAGAUGAGACAAUUGAGUAUCUGAAGUCCCUCCAAAUGCAAGUUCAGAUCAUGUGGAUGACUUCUGGGAUGGCACCGAUGAUGUUUCCUGGUGCUCACCAAUUCAUGCCACCAAUGGCUCUAGGCAUGACUUCAGCUUGCAUCCCUGCAGCGCAAGGACUAAAUCAGAUGCCAAGAGUAGUACCAUACAUGAACCUUCCCCUGCCAAAUCACAUCCCUCUGAACUCAUCUCCAGCUAUGAAUCCAAUGAAUUCACUGAGUGUCUCGAACCAGAUGCAAAAUGUUCACCUCAGAGAGGCAAGUAAUCACUUCAUUCACCCAGAUGGCAGGCAAACAGUGGUACCUCAGGUACCAGGAACCCAUGUUUAUGGACCUGAAAUACCACAAGCUGAACAUAAUAGGGUACUGGAAGUGCCAGCUAGUACUGUCGUGCCAACCUCUAGUGCAGGACAACCGCAUACUUAUGGUGGAGUUUAGAAUGACCAAAUCUUGUAAGGUGUUGCGUUGAUAAAACUGAUGAUGCAUAGAUAACUUGAGCUGUAUAUCACUGCAUAUAUGUACAGAAGUGUAAGCAGUGUAUGCAGCCAUUCUUUGACAUCGAAACUGUUAAGAGUUAUUAGGAGUCUAGACUCUAGUAUAGGUAACAAAGGAAACUGUCUAGCUUCCAUAUUUUAUCUGUGGAACAUGGCUGCAUACCGUUGCACGGUACAGUGUACACAAGAGUGAAUGGAUGAGUAUAUUCGAAGCUGUCCACAUUGAACCUA